GCAGAUAUCAAUCAGUUCUUCACGCCAAACAGCCAGGACACUCCGUCACUGCCUAAACCAGUCCAAACUCAGCCAACGAGUAGCCAAGUACAAAUCGCCCCAGCCAGCCAACGAGAAGAGACCGCCGUCUCCGAGAACAACACUGUUGACGUAGCCUAA